AAAGUCUUAAAAAUGCCUCUCUCUGAGAAUGCAGAUCAAUAUUCAGUGUGGGUUGGUUUAAUCUAUAUAUUUAACUUGAUUGUGGGCACUGGAGCACUGACAUUGCCUGCAGCAUUUGCUCGUGCAGGAUGGGGCCUCAGCACUAUCUCACUUGUGUUCCUCGCGUUUAUGAGCUUCAUGAAUGCUACAUAUGUUAUAGAGACAAUGGCCUGUGCCAAUGCUGUAUACAAAUGGAAAAGACUUCGAGCUUUGAAGAGAGAUAGUAUCCAAGAUCAUGAUUCUGAUGAAGAUGCUAUAAUAUCCCAGCAAAACUAUGGUGAUCUAGAAGAGCCUUUAGUAUGCGGGAACUCUAUUCCAUCUCGCUACUACAGUCUGGACCGGCGAGUGGAACUCGGUGAAAUGGCAGACUUGUUUCUAAAUAAAAUGGGACGGACGAUGUUCUACUGUACACUGUGCAUUUAUUUGUAUGGUGAUCUCUCUAUAUAUUCAGCCGCUGUCGCCAAAUCUGUAAUGGAUGUGGUGUGUUCACCUCUACCACCAAACACAACCGAUUCAGAUUGGGAUCAGAUGCCAUGCUUUAACAACACGGCAAGCGAAGCCGGCGUUGGAGCAUAUACACGGCUACAGUGCUAUCGAGCAGCGUUACUCGUAUUUGCUGUAAUAAUGGGCCCCUUCGUGUUUUGUAAUGUUCAGAAGACCAAGUACUUGCAGUUAUUCACAUCGGGCAUGAGGUGGUUGGCAUUUGCCAUAAUGAUUUCAUUGGCGAUACAUCUGCUAAUAGGAUCCGAACCGCACACGCAGCCACCGGCGUUCGACUUCACCGGCCUGCCGACACUCUUUGGCGCGUGUGUCUACUCUUUCAUGUGCCAUCAUUCACUGCCAGCACUCAUCAGUCCCAUCAGAGGCAAGAAACGAUUGGGACUCCACUUGUCUCUAGAUUACGGUAUUAUAAGCGUCUUCUAUCUCGUUCUAGCCUUCACGGGUGCAUUCGCGUUUCCACAUCUUAACGAUCUGUACACACUUAACUUCGUGCCAACCGACGCUGAUAAUAUAUUUCUGAGGAUCAUAGAGUAUUUCCUUGCCCUCUUCCCUGUAUUUACACUUUCCACUAGUUUUCCUAUAAUUGCUAUUACACUAAGAAAUAAUUUACAAAGCCUCUUCUUAGACACCACUCGUAUUGAAUCGUACAAUAUUAUACUGAGAAAGCUGCUAUUUCCAAUUAUAACAGUGGUUCCCCCUUUACUGUUGACAUAUUUCUUGGAGGAUAUAAGUAAGCUUAUAGAGUUUACAGGGUCAUACGCUGGUACGGGUAUACAGUAUUUGAUACCAACAUUUUUGGUGGUGUUUGCUAGGCGAUAUUGCGCGAAUUUGUUAGGUUUAGGUGUCGUUAAUAUAUAUAAGAGUCCAUUUUCUAAUAUUGCCUGGGCAAUAUUUGUAUUAUUAUGGUCAUGUAUGUGCAUAAUUCUAGUUUCGGUACAUAUGAUUGAAAAGAUAUCGUGACGGUAAUUUGCUGUGAUUUAUAGUAUAUUUACGUUGCUGUCUGCAAUGUCAAAUUGCAAUGCCAUUAAAUUUAUUACUUAUUAUAAUUAAUUAAUGUAAAUUAGCCGCUUGUUAUCAAAUACUUUGUCAUUUAAUGCCACAAUGAAAUGUUCAUUUUUAGUAAAAUUUAUUUACAUGCAAACAUUCCUUACAUGUACGUUACGUCAAUUUUAUAAUUUUAUAUUGUUAAGU